GCUGCUUUCAUGGAGGUUUACGUUGGAGGGAGAAGUUGUGCAUGGCAGCGGAAGGCACCAGGAGGUUGGUCACAAGAGCCUUUUGCAGAGUGAUGCUCUUUACCAGUAUAUAUUGGAGACCAGUGUCUACCCGAGAGAGCCUGAACCCAUGAAGGAGCUUAGAGAGGUGACUGCCAAGCAUCCACGGAACAUCAUGACCACCUCAGCCGAUGAAGGCCAGUUCUUGAACAUGCUACUCAAACUCAUCAAUGCCAAGAACACCAUGGAGAUCGGUGUCUACACCGGCUACUCCCUCCUCGCUACAGCCUUAGCGAUUCCUGACGAUGGAAAGAUCCUGGCCAUGGACAUCAACAGAGAAAACUACGAGCUAGGCCUGCCCAUCAUCAAAAAAGCCGGUGUUGCCCACAAGAUCGAAUUCAAAGAAGGCCCUGCUCUCCCAGUUCUUGACCUUUUGGUUGAAGAUGAAAAGAAAAGUCAAGAGGCGUGAGGCUUGUCGGCAACAUAUGAACAAAGAAAAAAAAAUAUAAUAAAAUAAAAAGGAGCAGGUCUUCUUUGUCGGCCAUGACUGGGGAGAAACUUCUCGGCCUCACUGUCAAAUAUUACAGCUCUUGAAAAGUCUAUAUUUGCUGCAAAUGAGAAAUUCAUAUUUAUGCAAAAGCUUAGUAAUUUUGUUUCUGUCA